AGGCCGGCAUUGGCUUCGUGAAGGCGAAGACCAAGGAGAUCGCCGAGUCCGAGGCAGUGCGAAGCGGCAUCGAGGCCGUGAAGGCAAAGACGAAAGAGAUCUCCGAGUCUGCCGUCGUGGAGGAUGGCUUGGCACAGAUGAGCAUGCUUGGCGCCACUGCCAGCGCCCUUGCCUGGAAAGGCUCCGCGCGGGACACCCUGGUCGCCGUCCUGUCGGACGAGGCGUGGCAGAACGUGACCCUGCAGGGCGAGGAAGAGCUCACGGUCCCAGCCAGGAAGCAGCACACCGUGACGCACUCGGUGGCGCGCGGCUCCAGGUUCCGGUGGGCAUUCCGCGUCAAAGAUCAUUCCAUCGGCUUCGGCAUCCGCACCGUGAUGAGCACGUCGGGCAGGGUCGUGGAGGAGGAGCUACUGGCGGUGAGCCGGUACGACUGCGAGAACACCGUCACGGGCAGCUGGGUGGCGGACGAGGAUUGGCAAGUUGUGCUCGUAUUCGACAACAAGAACAGUAUGUUGCGCGCCAAGGCUGUCGCCUACAUGGUUGGCACCGAAGUCGCGGCGACUUUCGCCAACCACGCGCAAGCCGAACCGCCCGACGCGCCACCCACUGAAGUUGUAGACGCGACGGCGAGGCAUGCGGAUGAACGCAAGGCGAAAGAGGAAGACGAAACAACGGCGAAGGAAGAAGCAGGAGUUGAAGCGAGGGCGAAAGAGGAGGCGAAUGCCAAGGCAAACGAGGAGGUCGAGGCGAGGGCGAGACUAGUGGAGAUCGAGGCGAAGGCGAAGGAGAAAGAGGCUGAGGCGAAAACCAGCGAGGAGGAGGCACAAGCGAAGGCAAAGGAAUAUGCAGAAGCAACGGCGAGGCAGGGGGAGGCCGAUCGCAUGGAGGAGGCCGAGGCGAAGGCGAGGCAGGAGGACGCGGAACGCAAGGCCAAGGAGGAGGCCGAGGCGAAGGCGAGGCAGGAGGAGGCCGAGGCCAAGGCGAAGGAAGAGGCAGAAGCGAGAGCGAAGGAGGAGGCUGAGGCCAAGGCGAAGCAGGAGGAGGCCAAGGCGAAGGAGGAGGCCGAGCUCAAGGCAAAGGAGGAGGCCGAAGCCAAGGCGAAGGAGGAGGCCGAGCGGAAGGCAAAGGAGGAGGCCGAGGCGAAGGCGAGGCAGGAAGAGGCCGAGCGUAAGGCGAAGGAGGAGGCCGAGGCCAAGGCGAAGCUAGAAGCAGAGACGAAGGCAAAGGAGGAGGCUGAGCUCAAGGCGAAACAGGAGGCCGAGGCCAAGGCGAAGGAAGAGGCAGAGGCGAAAGCGAAGGAGGAGGCCGAGCGUAAGGCAACGGAGGAGGCCGAGGCCAAGGCGAAGCUAGAAGCAGAGACGAAGGCAAAGGAGGAGGCUGAGCUCAAGGCGAAACAGGAGGCCGAGGCCAAGGCGAAGGAAGAGGCAGAGGCGAAGGCGAAGGAGGAGGCCGAGCGUAAGGCAACGGAGGAGGCCGAGGCCAAGGCGAAGCAAGAAGCAGAGACGAAGGCAAAGGAGGAGGCUGAGCUCAAGGCGAAACAGGAGGCCGAGGCCAAGGCGACGGAAGAGGCAGAGGCGAAGGCGAAGGAGGAGGCCGAGCGUAAGGCAAAGGAGGAGGCCGAGGCCAAGGCGAGGCAGGAGGAGGCCGACCGCAAGGCAAAGGAGGAGGCCGAGGCCAAGGCGAAGGAAGAGGCCGAGGCCAAGGCGAGGCAGGAGGAGGCCGAGCGUAAGGCGAAGGAGGAGGCCGAGGCCAAGGCGAAGGAAGAGGCCCAGGCAAAGCUAGAAUCUGAGGCGAAGGCAAAGGAGGAGGCCGAGGCGAAGGCGAGGAAGGAGGAGGCCGAGGCCAAGGCGAAGGAGGAGGCACAAACUGAUCCAGAGGAAGCCCAAGAACAGGUACAACGAGAAGACGCCGAGACCAGCUCCAGUGUAGUUCGCGAUGCAGCGUCGCCCCACGACUUCAUGCAUGGCGCGUCGCUGGAGGCGGAUCUGCUCGGGGACAUCUCUGAGUCGCAGACGAAGGCUGCGGGCUAUCCGGCGGCUGGUCCUGGACCACCGCCCGCCGACCUCGACCUGCUCGGGGGCGCGGCAUCGCCGCAGGAGGCGCCCCCGCGGCAAGCUGAGGCCGAGACCCCCAGGCCCGCGGCGGCCAGGCCAGAGGGCGAGCCGCAGCUAGGCUCGAUGUGA